AUGCAACCCCCGCCCACCGCCAACAUCACACAACACACAACACCACCACAAGUCCUACACCCCUCCGAGCUCGACCACAUCAUCGACGAUGACUUUGCACACCUCCGCCUCUCCUCCCCGCAUAACAAGUCGACUGGGAGAAAGUCGCCGGGGGGGAAGAAAGAUGAUAAGGGGAAGGGUGUGAUGCAGCAGGAUAAGUGGAAGGGGAAGGGGAAGGGGAAGAAGAAGGUUGGGGAGGGUGGCGAGUGCCAUCUGUUGAACCUCCCCACCGAUGUCCUGCACGUUCUCCUAACUCGGCUUCCUCCCAGAUCGCUCUUGAGACUGUCAGCCACUUGCACAGCGCUGCAUGCGCAUUGCAAUAACGACACCGUCUGGCGGCAUUCGUAUAUCAACCAAUACUUUGGUGUCGGUGUUUCGAGAGAUGCGGGCAGGAGGAAGGAAGUGGAGAUACUUGCGAGGGGGUGUACCGGUAUUGGAGAGAGGGGUUGGAAACGAGAAUCAUUGGAGCGGCUAAGGAUGCUUGAGCGAUGGCAGAUCUCCAAAUCCAGUAUCGUCGUCCACACCCCUCCCACCGGGUUGAUCCACUCCAUCUCCCUCUCUUACCCUCCCCACACGCCUGCACCUUCCAAAGGCCUCACCGUAGGCAAAACGCGGAACAAACUCUCUCCCAAGCUUCCCCCCGCCGACCAGCCUCACCACACCCGUCAACGGCACGACACUGUACCGCCGUCCGUCACCCGGUCCCCGCCUUAUAUGCUUUCUGCCUCUCUGUUUGCAGGGGGAGUGGUCCGGUCCGACCCCAUAACGGGUAAAGUCUCGAAAGGCUUCUGGGGUCCCUCGCGCGAUGCCAACUUUCACCUCCGGCCCACUAUCGAUCCCUCACACGAACCUUCUUCCGUAUUCCUCCCAAAACGCUCGGGGGGUUUUAUCAUAUGGGGCCUGAAGAAUGGAGGCGUAGUGUGGACGAACGUGCAGACGCGACAGAGUGGGCAGGGGGGCAGGGGAGGGAGGGCGGUGAGUUUGAAUGUGUACUCUGACCCUCGGGCUGGGCAUGCGGGGGAAGUGAGGGAUGUUUGGACGGGGACGGGAGGGCAGGAUGAGGAUGGUGCGAGGUUUGUAUCAGCAGGCGAAGAUGGGCUCGUCAAGCUUUGGUCACUUGUCGUGCCCCCGGGAACGGGCAAGGGCAAGAAGAAUACAUUAGUGGAAGGUUCUCUCGAAUGCCUCUUCACCUCCUCCCCGGCACCUUCGCUUCUCCCCAAUCGGUCGGAAGACGUCAAGCGCCGGCAGAAUGGUAAGCCCGACGCAAUCGUCUUUGCGAGGUAUACGUCCCGGGGCGAUAUCGUAGCGGGCAUCACAGCCGACGGAGAUCUCCGCGUCUUUUUUGCCGCUUCUACGGCGCCAAAGGAAGUGAGGCUGGAUUUGGGCUCGGCAGAGGCCGAAGGGGAAGUAAAGAUGAUGGAGAUGGUUGCCCAUAUCUCCCAUCAUACCUCUGAGGGUGGGGAAAGUGUAGCGUCUGUUGUGGUUCAUCGACAUCGGUCGAGUGUUGUUACGCGAUACGACAUCUCUUUCUCUGGGACCGUCGCAUCGACGACUUUUGUUUCGCCGAGCCAAGCGCCUAUAUCUUGUGUGUAUACAGGGCUGCAAGCGGAGGGGGGGAUAUCGUUGCCGAAGAGUGGGAGUCUGACGCCCAUGUUGGCAAGGAUCGUCUCGCCCUCGCCCUCACCCGUGCCCACGCCCGGGGCUAUGUCCGACCUCGACCUCUCUCUCGGCUCCGGCUCCGGCCCCAAGCCAUCCGAAGCCGAAAAGGGUCAAUUCAUCCUAGCAGGCGACGAAAACGGUCUCCUCCAUCUCUGGUCCUGGGACUCUGACGUCCAUCCCGGGGAGAAGGAGAAGGAGAGGCAAGCAUUGAAAUCGUGGAUGGUGCACGAAGCCAAGAUCACUGCUUUGGACGUUUCGUGCUCCAUCUUUGCGGUGGGUACGGCAGACGGGUAUAUAAAGAUACUCGAUCCCCUCCCUUCCUCCCCUCUCUCAUCUCCAUCUUUAUUCAACGACGAGAGCGAUACCCACAUCCUCCGUGCCUUUCACGCCUCCCACCUGUCCCCCGCCGAAACGCUCAUAGCAAGCACAGACGAGCCAGACGCCCGGUGGUAUACAGUAAAUAAAGUGGGGGUGGAAGAUGAUAUGGUGGUGGCAGCUGUGGGGAGAAAGGUUUUUGGGUGGAGGGCUGGGGUUUUGAGGGGUAGGAAGGGGGAGGGGGAGGGGAGGAGGAGGGGGGAGGGGAAAGGUGGGGUUAGGGGAGGUGCCAAAGCGUUACAUCAAGACUAUGAAGAUUACGACCAAGAUCUCGAUUCUCCCCAUCCUCUUACCCACCAUUCCCCCUUUUCACAAAAUAGACCAGCCAAGCCGCACGAGCUGUUGGAGAGAGAAGCGAUGGAAGAUAUAGGCCUGGACGAUCCGGAGGAUGCGUUGCAGUAUGCUUUGAUGUUGUCUAUGGAGGGGCAGGGGCCGGGCGCUUCUGCUUUUGCUUCUCAAGGUUCUCGAGGUGGGGAAGAGCGCUUUGGCUCAGAGUAUGAAGCAGGUGAUUUUGGAGCGGAAGGGGCGUCCGGGUGGGAUAUGGAGGGGAUGGAUGAAGAGACGGCGGAAGCUAUUAGACAGGUUGAGGCGUUUGAAAGAGCGGAAAGAGUAGAGGAGAAGCGGAGGAAGGAGAAGGAGGAGGAGGAUGAGGAGAUGGAGCGGAUUUUGGAAGCUAUUGAACGGUCAGAAAGGGGCGUAUGA